AUGGAAUAUAUGCCCGGGGGUGACCUUUAUUACUGGCUGGAGUACUACGACACCUUCACAGAAGAACAGGCUCGGUUCUACCUUGCAGAGAUUGUACUAGCUCUGGAAGCACUUCAUGACCUCGGCUAUAUCCAUCGUGAUCUCAAACCGGACAACAUGCUGUUGGACGCCCAAGGUCACCUCAAGCUUGCCGAUUUCGGCUCCUGUGUCCGACUUGACUCUCAGGGUCGCUACUUCUGCUCCUCACCCAUCGGUACUCCUGACUAUAUCAGCCCUGAGAUGCUCAACUGUCAGUCCAAAGCGGGUUAUAUUGGACCAGCUUGUGAUUGGUGGGCUCUUGGUGUGAUUGCCUUCGAGAUGCUCUUCGGUGAGACCGCCUUUUACGGGCAGUCUCUGGUGGAGACAUACUCACGCAUCCUCGGCUACGAAAAGUCCCUCAAGAUUCCCACCGACACUGAGAUUACGGCGAAUUUCGAGAGUCUCAUUCGGGACUUCCUUCGAGGAGCAGACGAUCGAUUAGGCUCUAAUGGGGGCGCUAAUGAGGUGAAGCAACACCCCUUUUUUGAAAGCAUUGAUUGGCUGAAUUUGCACUCGAUCGCACCACCUAUCAAACCAGUUGUCACCUCCGAUGUGGAUACAUCAAACAUCAAUUUCGAUGAGUCGGAGAUUCUCGGUGCGGAUGCGAAAUUUUGUGGCGACUCGUCGAACUCCUCGAGCGGUUCACCAGCAAACUUGCCACGCACUCCCGGCGCCUUUGCAGCAAAAAAAUCGGUUGGACCGCCAGCCUACUUUACUGGGGAUAAUUUAGCGUUCGCUGGCUUCACGUUUAACCGCGAAGAGAGGCAGAGACUCGAAUCCUCGACCAAGGUUGCCAUGGUCGCCAAUGGGGAUGCGAAUACUGCCGAGAUGAAGGCUUCACUCGCGGAGGUUCGUGCUCAGCUCAGUACGGCCGAGAAACAGGCAGCUAUGGACAAGAUUGCCGUGAAUGAAGCACAAAGACGUCUAGAUGAUACGAAAGCUGAGUUGCAGACUGCGAGGGCCGAACUUGAGCGAAUGGGUGAAGAGACAAGAACGCAAGUUAGUGUCAUCCAGUCCGAACGUGACACUCUCUGUGAGCGAGCGAAUCGUCUUCAGACGGAACUGAUGAGCGCUGCGGAGGAAUUGGAGUUGGAGAGAAAAGCUCUAGCUGCAGUGAAGGAGGAGCUGACUUCCGUGAAAGCGAUCCCUUCUCUGUCAGUUGGGAAUGAAAUGAAGCAGCGCAGUUCACCCAACGAGAACACCUCCCUACAGGCGGAUUUGGAGGAGGCGCGACAGCAGGCGUGUAGAGCUGAAGCAGAGUUGGUUAACACACGACGACUACAUGCCCAAGAGAUGGGGGAGCUGUUGGAUCAGCUACAGGCAGCCAAGACCUUUUCUCAGCUCUACAAGUCCAAAUUGGCGGAGGCCGAGGCUGAAAUGGAGUCACUCCGCUCACACCUCACUUCUGUUCAGGCCUCAUGCAAAGAGUUAAAAGAGUGUAAUUUUAGUCUCGAGUCAAAACUUGCUAUGAGCGAAGUGGAUUUGGAUGGAUUAAAAAAGAGCUACGAUACCGAUUUGAAGGAGGCUACUACACAGGUCACCCGAUUGAAGGAGCGUGUCAGCAUCCAGGCGAGCGAGAUUAGCACAGUGACUGAGCAGAGGGAAGAUCUGAGGCAGCGGUGCAUGGCCUUAGAGGAUAGUGUCUCCAAUUUAACUGAUCAGCUGCAGAUUUUGCGCAAGGAGAAUAACAUCCAGCACAUCAAACUUGAACAAACUGUCACCAAGUUGUAUGAAGUCGCAGCACAGGCAUCAAAAAGAAAUAGCAGACCUACAGUCGACCUUAAAUCGCCUAAAAACGGCAACGAGGAGAAGGCGAAGGCGAUGGCAGAGCUGACGGAGUCGAAUCGAAUGCUUGAGCAGGAAUUGGAGAGAAUGGACGCCCAGAUGAACACACUGUACGAGUGCUAUGUUACCAAAUCUGGCACUGGUGGAGAUUUGUCCAGCAGUUCGUCUCUAACGGGCAUGGUAGCGGAGCCGUCUUCACUAUCUGCAGUCGGUGAGAUCAGUCACUCGAGUGAGGACCUGUCAAAUGAUGACGAAGGCCAAUUAAUCACCCAACAGGUCCUGCCUCCAGCUAUCGAAGGUGUCUGCGAUUUUCCCGAGAAGAUUAAAGGCAAAAAGAGGCUAGCGUGGAUUCCCAGAUUCGUGGUCAUUUGCCCUUUUUCGGUGUCAUUCUUCACUUCCAAACCCCAACGUGGUUCGGUGCCAUGCGAAGAAAUUCAAAUUCAGAAGAUAUUUUCCGUGCGGCCAGGAACCGUGCUUGAUCUUACCUAUGCCACAGAAGACGACGCCUCUCGCCUAAUUUGCAUAAUCUCAGACAAGAUAACUUCAGAUUUCAACACAAAUGAUCCCGAUCUAAUGAGCAUAGCUAGUACAAGUUCGGUCUCGGGAGGCAGCGGCAACGCCACUGGCAACAUCUCCUGGCAAGGUCAUUCAUUCCAACCAAUAACCUUCCGUAUAACGAACACCAUCUGCGAGGUCUGCCGACGCCCAUGUUCAGACCUCCGUUCCCCUCCACCGGCGCUUGAGUGCAUCCGCUGUAGAAUGCGCAUCCAUCGAAACCACGUGGAGAAUCAUGAGAAGUUUGUUGUCUGUCCAAACACUGUGAAACAGUGGAUCAUUCGAGCACCUUCUCCAGCCGAUCGUAACGCCUGGAUCUCGUGCAUUAACCAGCUCAAGAAAGAGGCCGGUCCGUUGAUAUGCUCAGAGUCUCUACAUUCACCCGGAUGCCUCAGCAGAAGCAGCCAACCCGGCGCACCACUAUUGGGAGCUAACACGACUCGCUACAGGAGUAUGCGCAAUUGCGGGGGACGCAGUUUGAAAGAUGCAGUUUUAAAAAGGUCAUUCAUGGUUACCUUUCCUCGACACAACAGCAGCUCUGGUGUGACUGGAAGUGUUGCCACGAGGGCCAUCCUUCAGUCACCGCCUGCCUCAGCCUCACAACACUCACCUGCAAAUUUUGACGGCCAGCAUGAUUUGUAA